AUGGACUUUGGGAAGCCAUGUCAGACCCUUCCCCCACCCUUCCACUGCCCUUUACUCGCCCACACCUCAGAUCCCCAGGGGGCAGGGUCAUUCUGGACCUUGCUACUUCCUGCUCCUGGCAGCCACUGCUCAGAGAUUAUGGAGCUGUGGAGGCAGCUGAGACAGGCUGGACUGGUACCCCCAGGGCUGGGUCCACCCCCCAGGGCCCUGAGGGGUGCCCCCCCAUCAGAGAGAGCUGGACAGACCCUCAUGUCCCCAGGAGCAGACACUGAAGGUGCCAGGGAGAGUCUGCUGUGGAUCUGGGAGGAGCUGGAGAACCUUCGCAGAAUGGAUGUUGAGCUGCUGGGCCAGCUGUGUAGCCUGGGGCUGGAGAUGGGGCUUCUGCGGGAGGAGUUGGUUGACUUCCUGGAAGAGGAGGAGGAGGGAGAGGAGGAAGAGGAGAUCCUCAAGGAAGAGGAAGAGAAUGAAGAGCCCGAGGGGAAGCAAGAGGAAGGACACCUGGAGGUCUGCCCAGCCCCAGGCCACCGCCUCCCUGACUUUGAGAUGACUAUCUGAGGCCCUGCCAGAGUGUUUCCCAUUGGCUUAUGGAAUUUUUUGCAAAUUUAUGCAAAGAAGAGAGGAGAUCUGCAGAUCAGAUCACCCUGAGAAGGUUCGGAAGAUGCCUGCGAUGCGAUUCGGGGAUUGGCCUGUGAGCUGUGGGCGUGUUUGAAGACGAUGUGGGAAGUUUGCAGAAAAACUGCAGGUGUAUUUGCAGAUGAGCUGCAGGGGUGCUACAGGGGAGAUGUGGGUCUUUGCAAGUAGAAUGGAGACGCUGGCAGGUGAGGUUUUAGAUCAAGGCCAUCGUCUGGCUCCACGUGGCUAGUGAGCACUUGACAUUGGCUACUUCUCUCUGAGAUGCACUGUUAGUGUAACA